CAUUUCAGGAGCACUCUAAAGUCAUUCUGUGAUCAUUUUCACAGAGAAAAUUGAGUGACCAUUCCAGUUGAUUACCUCAGGACACGCAGGUAUUGGGAAUGCCUGUCAGGGUGGAGGACAUCUGGACAGGAAGGCGACCCAUCACAGGGUCACUUUAGAGUUAUUGUCCACUGACCUGAUGGUGUAAAUGUUAGUAUGCCAUUUAGGUCCUUGAAAAUCUGAAAUGUCUUCUUGGCUUGGAUGCUAUAGUAUGUGCUUAAGGUGGUUUGUUUACACCCUAUGGGGUGGUUGUUGCCAUAGUGACUUAAGGCAGAGACUAAAUUGCUCUCUUUAUUUUUAUAGAGAGUUUUAAAGUGAUUCUGUAAUUAUUUUCACAGAGAGAAGAGAGCUUCCAAUCCGGCUGAUUUCAUUGUGACCUGCAUAAUGGCCUCCUCACCACCUCAGCGAAUGUGAAUAGGGAAUCUGGCAUCUCCUACUGAACAUAGCCUCCACCAGAGGCAGCGUUCGAGAGCAAAUGAUGUCCAGCAUCAAGGAAGAGAACUGUGAGUGGGAGUCUGUUCACCGCAUCCAAGGGGGCCUCUGCACCAGGAUGGAGUGUGGCGAAGGCUGGGGGUCUGGUUUUAAAGAGGAGGAGCAACUUCAGAGCUCAGUCUUCAUGGUUAAACAAGAGGAUCCUGAGCAGGUCUCCAUUCGACUCGAGAAGAAGAAACAGGAAGGGAUCCAGAAUUUCAUCCAGGAUGGGUGCCCGGCGAACGAACCCAGUGUACAGCCGGAAAGGGAGAUGACUUUGGUAGAGGCCACCAUGAAAAGGAAAUGGCCUUUGCUCCCACCGCCACAUGUUGUCCAGCUGAGUCCUGAGUUGGAGGACAAAGUCAGUGAAUGGUUGUGUCACAGGAACGACACACAAGAAACACAAACAUCUACAUGGCAGCCAGGAAUAUACCUCCAUAAGAGUGACAGUAUUGUCCUAUCUGCAUUUCCAUGCACGACUGAACAAGAUGGUGAAAACAUUAAGAAAUCAGCAUGUAGCACAGAAAGUUUAAACUUUACCACUGUCCCACCGGCAUGCCAACCUUUUGUGAAAUUAAGAGUAAUGGACGCCUUCAGAAUUCAUCACCAGUUGCACAGUGCAGACUCGGAGGCUUUUUGUAUUGUUGAAGAGAGCAAUAUCAAUUUAAAACCCAACAAACCUUCAGACACUCUUUAUAAGCCUAUGGAAGAGAAGCCAUGUUGUUGUACUGAGUGUGGAAAACUCUUCUCAGACAUCAGCAGUCUCCAGAGCCACCAAAAAACUCAUUCUGGAGAUAAACCAUAUGGCUGCUCGGAAUGUGGCAAAAGGUUCUUGCAAAAGAGCCAUCUUCAAAUACAUUCAAGAAUUCACACUGGAGAGAAACCCCAUUGCUGUUCAAUUUGUGGAAAGCGAUUCUCACAAAUUAACCAUCUUCAGAAUCACACAAGAAUACAUACAGGAGAGAAACCUCAUUGCUGUUCAGAAUGCGGCAAGCGGUUCACACAGAUAAGUAGUCUCCUUAACCAUACAAGAAUUCACACAGGAGAGAAGCCUCACAACUGUUCUAUAUGUGGGAAACUCUUUUCUCAAAUAAGUCACCUUCAGAGUCAUAUAAGAAUCCACACGGGAGAGAAACCUCACUGCUGUUCUGAAUGUGGUAAACGAUUCUCAGAAGUAAGCAAACUGAAGAGACACACAAAAGUCCACACUCGAGAAAAACCUCAUGGCUGUUCUGAAUGUGGCAAGCAGUUCUCCGAAGUUAGCACCCUUCAACGGCACAUAAGGAUUCACACUGGAGAGAAGCCUCACUCCUGUUCUGAAUGUGGCAAGCGAUUCUCACAGAUGAGCACUCUGCAGUGCCACACGAGAAUUCAUACCGGACUGAAACCUCAUUCUUGUUCUGAAUGUGGGAAGAGAUUUUCACAUCUGAGUAAUUAUAAGAGGCACGCCAGACUGCACACGUAGAGCACCUGUAGCUACCUUGGAUUGUGGAUUGCUUUGGGUGAAUGAAUCAGGUUGACUCGAUUUAAUUUUUUAAUUGACAAAAAAAAAAAAAAAAAUCAAAUGCAACAUGUUUAAGUUAAAAUAAAUUUUAUUUAUGUUGUUUAUUUUUUUAUAUUUUAAUCAUCCCAGCUAUUUUUAGUGUUUGUAAAAAAAAAAAAAAAAAAAAUAAUCCAUUUGAAUACAACAUCAUCCCGAAAAGAAAUUGUAGAGGAAAGACGCAUAUUGUAAUGAGGUGAGCUCUUGUGUCCGUCCCAUGGAAAGGCAGGCCCAGUGAAGGGCAUACACUACAUUA